AUGACCACUUCUAUCACCAUUCCCCACCCUCAUCCUGCACCACAACCUGGCACAGACAGCGAAGAGCACAGCGAGGAUGACCUAAGUGCACCUCAAUCAAACCCUCAUCAUGUGGGGAAUAUGAAUAACAGCAAUAACAAUGAAGAAAAGGAAGAGCAGGAGAAGAAGGAAAAGGAAGAAAAAGAAGCAAAGGAAAAAGAAGCAAAGGAAAAAGAAGCAAAGGAGAAAGAGGCAAAGGAAAAAGAAGCAAAGGAGAAAGAGAAAAACAAAGAUAAGCCCAAAGAACUAUUUGUCAUUAAUCCUGCUUCAAAUUUGUAUUACAACUGGCUGUUCGUCAUCACAGUACCAGUCAUGUACAACUGGACCAUGAUCAUAGCCAGGGCUUGCUUUGAAGAGUUGCAGCACAACUACCUCCUAUAUUGGGUUAUUCUGGACUACACCUCGGACGUUGUCUAUCUGGCUGACAUGUUCUUCAGAACCAGAACAGGUUACCUUGAACAAGGCCUGAUGGUGAAAGAUGAGAAGCUGCUUCGGGACCGCUACAUCAGCAGCUUCCAGUUCCGUCUCGACUUUGUCUCCAUGUUGCCUACUGAUCUCCUAUAUUUCUUCCUUGGCCUCGACUACCCAGAGAUCCGACUUAACAAGCUGCUGAGAAUCGGCCGAAUGAUGGAGUUCUUCACAAGGACAGAGACGAAAACCAACUAUCCCAACAUCUUCCGCAUUGGAAACCUGAUCAUGUACAUUCUCAUUAUCAUCCACUGGAAUGCCUGUUUUUACUUCUCUUUCUCCAAAUCUAUUGGUUUUGGUGCUGAUGACUGGGUUUACCCAGCUCUGGAUGAUCCAGAGCAGCCUGACUUUGGGAAGCCCAUGAGGAAGUAUGCUUUCAGCCUCUACUGGUCCACACUGACCCUGACCACCAUCGGAGAAACUCCCCCACCAGCUCUGGAUUCAGAAUUUUUCUUCCAUGUAAUGGACUUCUUAGUUGGUGUCUUGAUCUUUGCUACCAUCGUGGGAAACAUUGCUACCAUGAUUUCCAAUAUGAAUGCUGCCCAAGCCCAGUUUCAGGCCCGCAUUGACAACAUCAAGCAGUACAUGCAGGUUCGAAAGGUUAGCAAGGAUCUUGAGCUGCGAGUCAUCAAGUGGUUUGACUAUCUGUGGAAUAAUGGAAAGGCGCAGGAUGAAAGAGAAGUGCUCAGGUAUCUUCCAGACAAGCUAAAAGCGGAAAUAGCCAUCCAAGUCCAUAUGGAUACGCUGAAGAAAGUUCGUAUUUUUGCAGACUGCGAGGCUGGCCUGCUGAUCGAGCUGGUGCUCAAACUCCGGCCACAAGUGUUCAGCCCCGGAGACUACAUCUGCAAGAAAGGGGACAUUGGACGUGAGAUGUAUAUUAUCAAAGACGGAAAACUUGCAGUUGUUGCUGAUGAUGGUGUCACACAGUUUGUUGUAUUGGGAAGUGGCAGCUAUUUUGGUGAGAUUAGUAUCCUUAAUAUUAAAGGUAGCAAAGCGGGAAACAGGCGGACAGCCAACAUUCGCAGCAUUGGAUACUCUGACCUCUUCUGCCUGUCAAAGGAUGACUUAAUGGAAUCACUGACAGAGUAUCCAGAUGCCAAAGGCAUGUUGGAAGAGAAGGGUCGGCAGAUCCUGAUGAAAGAUGGUCUGAUCGACUUGGACCCAGCUAACAUCAAGCCUGAGACCAAAGAGCUGGAGGAGAAGGUCAACAAGUUGUACAACACAAUGGAGCUGAUGCAGUUUAAGAUCAAGAAGAUUGUGGGAAAUUACAAGAAGACUGACAAAGCUCUGAGAUAUCGCAUUGUAGAUCUAGAGCACCUGACGGGAGAGGAGGUGGAGGAAGAGGAGGAGGAGGAGGAGGAAGUGAAAAAGGAAGAAAAACCUGAGGAAGGGGAGAAAAAAGAAGAUGAAAAAGCAGAAGAAGGAGACGGAGAGAAAAAAGAGGACGGAGAGGAAAAAGGAGAGGAGGAAAAGAAGGAAGAGGCCGAUGAAGACAAAGAUGAGGAAAGAAAGGGGGAAUGA